AUGGGAGUGUUAAGUUGCAGCACCAUGAUCACGUCCACCAUCCCCACGGCCAAGGCGUUUGAGGCCAUUGUCAACGCCAACAACCUCAUCCCUGGGGCCCUCCUGCCGGUCCUCAAGAGUGCUGAGGUCGUCGAGGAUAUCACUUCCGGCGAAAGCAACCGGGAGAAGACAGUGAAGCACAAGAUCGAGGCCCUGGACAAUGAGAACUUCACCUACUGCUACUCGAUCACCAUGGCCGACGCGCUGGGCAUCACCUUGGAGAAGAUCACCUACGAGGUGAAGGUCACCGCGUCGCCCGAGGGAGGCUCGGUGUGCAAGAACACGAGCAGGUACUUCACCCAGAACGAUGCAGACAUCACCGAGGAGAAGAUCAUGUUUGUGAAGGAGAAGGCGAUUGAGUUGUUCCAGGCCAUCGAGGCUUAUCUGGUGGCAAACCCUCAUGACUAG